AUGGAGAACAUUUCACUUUCAAACUCCACUGACACGUUCGAAGGUUUAGAUGAGAGUUCUUACAGCACGGGCAGAUAUGUGUACAGGCUUCUGGUCCGCGCUGCUGUCCUCGUCCUUGGGGUGCCUGGUAACUGCCUCAUCAUCCGUGUCUACUGGACCAAGACACGCAAGACCAGCACCCACGUCUUCAUCAUGGCCUUAGCCUGGGCUGAUCUGGCGGCCUGCCUGCUGGAAAUCCACAGCAUCGCAAGGGAUGCCUUGGAGUUUACUGGCCGGGAGCUUCACCCUGCCUUCUUUUUCAUUUUGGCUUUCCAGAAUGCGGUUAUCGCAACCUCAGUGGUCACCACUGGUAUUAUUGCUGCUGACCGCUACGACUGCGUGUGCCGGUCGCAGAAGCGGUUUUUCACUCCGAGGCGGGCUAAGGCAUGUGCGGUGACCGCUUUGCUAUAUUCGGUCGUCAUCAGUGUGCCGAAGUUCAUUAACGCGUUUCCCGGUGCUCCUGUGUCAGUCGCCGCGGGAGUACUGCCGUAUGCUCUGCAGAUGUUUUCUUUCAUGGUGGUUCUUGUCGCGAUUGUCGUGUGUUACGGGAAGGUUUACGCGACAAUCCGGAGGCACGUCCGGUCUAGAGUUGCUGCCUUGCCGGGACCCACUCCGGCGGACGACUUUGACGGUUUGAGGCCGUGGCAUUCACCUACUGCACCCGGCGUUGCCAUUAUCGACAACGUUGCGUCGAUGAUUGCAAAUCGGGAAAGUGCAAGCUGCAACACUCGCAAUGUCCCGAGUGCGACUUCUCCGGGUCGAGCAAUCAAGUUACACCACUGGGGCCCUGGUAAACUGGACAGAGAUCCCGGUGACAGUCGUAUACGCACUACACAACAAACAAGGUGCGAUGGUUUCUCAUCUGCGAAGCAAGAUCCGCCUGCCGCAGUUAUUGGAAGAUACCCCGGGGAAGGCCCUCGACGAACCCGCAGUGUUGCCGUCCUGCAGCGUAAGACAACCAGGAUGCUCUUUGUAACAAGUAACGUUUUCGUGGUGUUGUGGCUGCCAUAUUGGAUCUUUGUGACCCUACAUAUUGCCGCUUGUGCCGGUGGAAAUGUCAGCAAGACCGCUCUGCAAUUCCUGCUGGACUUUCAUAUGGUUCUGUUGAUGAACCACGCCAUCAAUCCUUUGCUGUAUGGAGCAGCUAACAGGCGAUUCAGGAGGGACUGCAGAGAAGCGUUCAAGAAAACAAAGCUUUGCUAG